CUCAAAUACACCCAUUCAAAUUAAAUAGUUUAGAGAGAGAGCACAAUUCCUUUCCCUCUUACUUUUUGCCAUCUCACUGCUGUUCCUCCAAAACCGUAGCUUUAAUAAAUUCGGCUCUGCUUCGUCGAUUGCAAAACCCCAGCUUGGACAAGCAUACUUAUCCUUUCUGCUACUCGAAAAUCCUAGCUUUAAUGAGCUUAGUUUUUUGCCCUUUUCUCUUACUCUUCCACGCCCCUCUCCCACCCACCGACGCUGUAGCCUCUCUGUAAGCCCCUGAAGAAGGUCGCUUGCCCUCUGCUGCUUAUCUUGAACAUUAGGUCUCCAGGUUUGAUAAAUUCCAGGUGGUACCAUACACAAGUAUCUAGGCUCCCUCUAAAUUCCUAGUAAGUUACAAAAAAAAGUAUUUUCCAGGACAAGAGCUAGAACAUCCAGCUUCACAGGGAGAAGGAACUUCCAGGUUCUCGAUAACACCAUGCUUCCAGUUGUCAAACAGGCCCUAAAACCCUGACUUUAAUCAGCACAAUUCUUGCUGCUUCUAUUCCAAAACGGUAGCUUUAAUCUGUUCAGUUCGUGUGAGCUGAGCUUAAUAGGGUUGAUUAUGCCUUCUUCUGUUCUAUUUGAAGUGAGAAGACAAGCUGAAGAGUCGGUUGAGAAGCUUGUAAAUCAUGAUAGAGACCAUAAAGUAUUCAAUUCUGGCGAUUCAGUUUUCUCAGACAAGGAUAAGAUGAGAGAGCAAGGUAAGAGGAAGUUCUCAUGGAGAAAUGAAACUGAUGAAUCCUUUGCUAGGAUGCGUAAGAUUGCACAACAAAGGAAAUCACUACCAAUUGCUUCAGUUGAGAGAAGAGUUGUGGACGAAGUAAGGAAGAAUGACACGCUGAUAAUAGUCGGUGAAACUGGAAGCGGGAAAACAACGCAGCUGCCUCAAUUUUUAUUUAAUGCUGGAUUUUGUCGUGAUGGAAAGCUUAUUGGGGUCACUCAACCUCGACGAGUUGCUGCUGUUACUGUUGCAAAGCGUGUAGCAGAGGAAUGUGGCAUUGAGCUAGGCCAGAAGGUUGGAUAUUCAAUAAGAUUCGAAGAUGUCACAUCUAGCACAACAAGAAUCAAGUAUAUGACUGAUGGAUUGCUUUUGAGGGAAGCACUGUUGGAUCCUCGUCUUUCUAAAUAUUCAGUCAUAAUAGUCGAUGAAGCUCAUGAGAGAACGGUGCAUACUGAUGUGCUACUGGGUUUGUUAAAAAAUGUACAGCGUGCAAGAUUGAGAUCCCCCACCAACCAGUGUCUUGUUGAUUCUAAGGAUUUUCAUACCUCAAAAGUUCUUCCCUUAAAGCUGGUUAUUAUGUCUGCUAGUCUGGAUGCUAGAGGAUUUUCUGAAUAUUUGGGUAAUGCCAAAGCUGUUCAUGUCCAAGGCCGGCAAUUUCCUGUCGAUAUACUAUAUACUUACUCUCCUGAGUCCGACUAUAUUGAUGCUGCUUUAAUAACUAUUUUUCAGAUCCAUCUAGAGGAGGGUCCAGGUGAUAUUCUAGUCUUCUUGACUGGGCAAGAAGAGAUUGAAUCUGUGGAAAGACUUGUGCGAGAGCGAGCUUUGCACCUAUCUGAAGACUCUCGAAAGAUUCUAACAGUUCCAGUAUAUUCUGCUCUUCCUUCAGAGCAACAAAUGCAAGUCUUCAGACCGGCACCAGAUGGUUUCCGAAAGGUUAUAUUGGCAACAAACAUUGCUGAGACAUCUGUUACCAUUCCUGGAAUUCGAUUUGUCAUAGAUACUGGAUUAGUGAAAGCUCGUUCGUUCAACCCACGGACAGGGAUGGAAUCGUUGGUUAUAAUACCAAUUUCAAAGGCACAGGCACUUCAAAGGAGUGGCCGUGCAGGUCGUGAAGUACCUGGGAAGUGCUUCCGGCUGUAUACAGAGGAUGAGUUUGGGAAGCUUGCUGAAUCCACUAUCCCAGAGAUUAAGCGAUGCAACCUUUCAAACGUGGUAUUACAGCUCAAGGCUCUGGGGAUUGAUGACGUUAUUGGGUUUGAUUUCAUGGAUAAACCUUCGAGGAUGGCUGUGGUGAAGUCUUUGGAGCACUUAUACGUAUUAGGGGCUUUGACUGUUGAAGGCAAACUCUCAGACCCUGUUGGUUUCCAAAUGGCGCGCUUACCUUUGGAUCCAAUUUAUGCCAAAGGACUUAUCGUGGCAAGCAAGCUCAACUGCUUGGAAGAAAUGUUAAUAAUAGUUUCUAUGCUUUCGGUGGAAUCUAUUUUUUAUUCUCCUCGUGAGAAGAUGGAGGAGGCAAGAGCAGCUAGGAAAUGCUUUGCUAGCCAAGAAGGAGAUCAUAUCACAUUGUUGAAUGUAUAUCGAGCUUCUGUAGAGAGUUUGGAGAAAAGCAGAAUGGGGAAUCAGGAAACCAUUAGGGAUAAAACGGUCGAAAAAAAACUAAACAAAUGGUGUAGGGAGAACUUCAUUAAUAGCCGUUCUUUGAGGCAUGCUCGAGAGAUUCACAGGCAAAUUUUGGGACAUGUCCAAAAUAUGGGUCUGAAUGUGACUUCAUGUGGGCAAGACAUGGACCAGUUUCGUAGGUGCCUUGCCGCGUCUUUCUUCCUCAAUGCUGCAGUGAAGCAGCCUGAUGGAUUGUACAGGGCUAUGGCUUCUGGUCAGACAGUACAGAUCCAUCCAUCCUCGGUGUUAUUUGGGACAAAGCCCGAUUGUAUUAUCUUCAAUGAACUGGUUCGAACAAAUCACAAUUAUAUUCGUAACAUAAGUCGAAUAGAUCCCCUCUGGUUGUCUGAGUUUGCUCCACAUUACUAUGGGAACAAGGAAUGAUUGUUGUACAUCGGAUAUGGAACAUCUGCAUUUCUGAUUAUAGCAUGGAAAAACUAGCGUUGGAGAGCCCUGAAUAUUUCCCAGUCACCCAAUUAUUUUGAAAGCAGAUUGGUGGCCUUAAAACUAAUCUACACUCUUGAUUCAUUGGAGACUUCAAAAUUCGUAGAUUAAAGCCUGGGUUUCUCAAGCUGUGGAAAUGGAUGACAGAUAAGAGGCCAAGGAAAUUGCCUUUGUGUUUUACAGAUAGGGCCUUCAUGCUCAUUUGCUGUAAAGUUGACGGUUGGUGUAAUCGCGCACAACCCGGCGCUUAUCCAGAAAUUGCAUUGUGCAAUAUUAUUUUCCAACUGUUAGGCUAUUUUCCAGCGGACAUUUGCGAGGGAAAGAAAAUGUAAAUUAUACUCUGUUUCGCAUAUAUUAAUUAUAAUUUAUGAUCUUUUUCUGGUUUUUCU